AUGUAUGCCAUGGUCAACACUUAUGAUCGAUAUGAGCUUAUUUUGGACCCAGAAUCACUCGACAUUACAACGGCACUUGCUCAUUUUAUUCGACCUGAAUUUGUCGUUUCAUUAACGAUCGACCAUGACUGUUGGACGGAUGCAUUGAUUUACCGGCUUACCUCACUAUUUGAUCGUUGUCGAUCAGAUAACAAACGAAGUCGAGUAGAUCAGCUUCGUUUGCCAUUCAGUUUUCAUCAAUUUACUCGAUUACGUUCACUAAGUCUUUAUGAAAUACCAGAUGCGGACUUAGAGUAUCUCUUUGAAAAUUUGAAUACUACAUUUUUGAUCUCACUUUCAAUAGAAACAAGCGAAGGUAUGUUUAGCAUAGCAUGGACUCUAGUUCCAUCAGUAAUCAAUCGAUGGAAUCUUCAAAAACUAUGUGUUGGUAAUGUACCUUAUACAACAGACAUAGUAUGGCCAGUUUCAUGCACGUUAAAGCACUUAGCAGUGUUCAGUUGCAGCUAUAGCAACUAUUUGGACAUUCUUGAUCGAUUACCUCAUUUACAAGCUCUCGUUGUACGAGGCUACACUGCAGGUGAUAUGGAUAAUACGCUGAUUUCAACCACUGCAUCUAUAGUACGUUCGUCACUGAAGUCUUUGAGCAUUAUUGCCAGUUCACUUCGUAUACAAGACUUCGAAUUGAUACUUCUAUCAGUACUAUCACUUCGCCAUCUCAAACUGAUUUCUAAGAGGCAACAAUUUGACUCUGUAUUCGAUGCCUCUUAUUGGGAACAACUUACUGGUAGCAAACUACCCAAUCUAGAUAAACUUGAAUUCUUCUUCGCUUAUCAAUAUGAUACAAACGACCAUUUCAUUAAUCUCGAGUCACUUGUUGCUCCAUUUCGAGCUCAAUUUUGGGUUCAAACCAAACGUUGGUUUGUAACUUGUGCGUAUGCUCCAGAAUCGGAUGAAAUUUGGCUUUAUACGACGCCUACCGACAUAUUUGACAACGAAGAUGUACUCAGAUGUGAAGUAUCGUGGAUGGACAAUACGUGUCGUCUAACUCAACGACCACUAGAUACAAUGGUUGAUAACACUCCAGAUGAGGUAUGUGACUAA